AUGCAGAGGAAAGGCCAGAAUUUCUUAAAGCUGCUAGACAAUGUCGAGAAUUUUGUCUUUCGCCCUUACGGCACCUCAGCAGAGACCUUCACUUUCGUGCCCUUCUAUACUGACGCCAGUGAUACGGUUGAGGUUCCAGCAGCCGUGUCGCAGAGUAACCAGUUUCGGAGGCAUGCUUUGUUGAAUGUUGCUCCCAUCCCCUUACCUACUCUUGGAGAACACUGUGCAGAGGUUUCCGUGACCUACUCUCCACACCGAGUCAGGAGGCAGUUCGGGCUUGACCAAGGGGUACCCAGCAGUCCUAACCAUGAUGACCCUUUUGCUUUACACAGGAUCUUCUGGAGCAAUGACCACAUACCAGCCAGUUGCAGGCCCCUCGUUCUAGCAAGCAAGGCGAGGGUUGGUGGCUUCUCUAGAGGCUACCAAGCCUACUGGAAACCGCUGUCUCUCUUCCUUCCACUGCCUCCUACAACGGCUCGUCUUGUGGGCUUGGUUUCGGAAGAGAAAGCCAUCCCUCUUAGCCAGAAACGCAACUUGCCCUUCAUUUCCAAGAGUGGUGACAUCGUUGGAGAAUUUCCUAAGAUGAAGCCAAAGCCGGGGGUACAGAGUCCUGGCGGCUCCGGAAAAAGUGCAACGCCAGUGUCAGGCAAAAGGAAGCGAGAAGAGGAGCGAAAUGUGAGUGAGAAGCAGACUGCCGGUAAACCCAAAAGGUUCAUUCCGAAGGUAGCCCCGAGUGGCCCUCCUCGAACCAAAGAAGCAACUCCCCCGGAACAGCCACAGUCUUCGAAGCCUGCUGCAUCCGGGAGCCGGGGUCGUGCUGGCAAGGUGCUGGAAACUACCCCUCUCCGCCGGAAAAUGGGUACAACCCCGAAGAGAAAGAGGAGUGACACACCCCCGGUAUCUCCUCAGGUGACCCCUAAACGUCGAAGCGUGCGCAUUCUACAUGCAAGAUUUUCCGGAACACGCACCAGUACUGUUGAAGCUGCCGGAACCCCAACUGUAGUGACAGUUGACGAUGAUAGUGAUGAUAGUGACACCACCGAAUCCGAGGCUAAUGUUCCAGAGCAAGAGAACGUUGACGAUGCCAGUGAAGAUUCUGACAGGGACUCCAAUGAGGGUUGCAGUGAGGAUGCAUUUGCUUAUUCCAGCGACUAUCCAGGAGGACAAGGUGGUUCAGAUGUUUUCUUCGAGUCCGCCGGUAGCAGUACACGCCGUUUUAGCGCUGAGCAGGCUGAGCAUCUUGCUCCAAAUUUAGAAAUUGUGCCCGUAGUACCUUCUUCCUUCAACACAUUCGAUACACUGGUCGAGGCAGCCCUCGCAGGAUCCUCUCCAACCAUGACACCAACGGAUUCUCGGGAUGAAAUGCCUACGCUCCAAGUUACAAGCCCUUUACCACCUAUCUUCCAUCAUUUUCUCCAGAGGGACCUUGAUCCUGCCAUUUCGCCAGCCUUUCCAGCAGCCUUUCGGAGCAACACCUUUGUCGUCCAUACAACCCUGCCCGUUCCAUCUCACGUUCAACCACUUCUCCGGGCGACAGGGCCUAGUCCCCUAGCACUUCUUCCAGCGGUUCAAUGUGACAAUGCGAGCACUGCUGAAAACGCCCAGGCUAUCAUUACCGUCGCCGGGAAUGCUGCUGCAGAACACCCUCGCAGCAUGUCUUGGCUGGAGUGGGAGGAAUCAUUUACUACCUUCAUGGCUUUCUUUGACAGCGGUGCUCAGGUCCUUCGAUCUGCAAAUGAACUCCUGCCGCUCUACCAUCGGUUUAAUGGUUACGCACUUUUCCGGGGAAUUCUUGUUUAUCCCGAGACAGUCGCGGCUUUGAAGAAAUUUCUGGACAAGUAUGGGGAUUUCAUGGACAUGACUGGUAUUACUUCUUCAUUCUCGCGAUGUGCUGCUUUUCGGACUCUCGGCUUGGUGCUCCAUGGGAUGGAUACCGUGCAGCUGCUGGACAUUACUGAUCACAGGCUCCUUUGCUGGCGGGAUGCAGUUUGCGAGGCUAUGACUCUGGGCUUUCGAGCAGAGUCUCUUCUGAACCUGGUGAAGGGUUUGGCACGUGCUGCAUUUGGGGCACGGGCUGUUCAUAACAUGAAGUCAAAUCCCGGCCCUGAUGAAAUAAGGGCAGCAGCAGAGGCUUUGGUCUUCAAGCAGCAUGAACUGGAAAACCAGCGCAGGGAAUUGCGUGGCCUCCUUUCUGCCCAAGGUGUCUCUUCCGACAGUGCUGACUGCGUGAUGGAGGCAGUGACAAGAGCUUCUCACGGGGCCUCCUCCGUUCCCUUCUAG